CAUAGCACGAAACGCACGUACACUUGCAGUUGCAGCAGCUAGCUAUCUCGAGUGCUCAGUAUACUAGCUAGACACAAAGAUCGAGAUCCAAGAGCAGUGGUAGUACUAGUUAAGAAGGAAGAAGAUGCCACAGACGCCGUCGACCCGUUGGUGCCCCACGCCGGAGCAGCUGAUGAUCCUGGAGGAGAUGUACCGGAGCGGCGUGCGGACGCCCAACGCGGCGGAGAUCCAGCAGAUCACGGCGCACCUCGCCUACUACGGCCGCAUCGAGGGCAAGAACGUCUUCUACUGGUUCCAGAACCACAAGGCGCGCGAGCGACAGAGACUCCGUCGCCGCCUCUGCGCCCGCCACCAGCAGCAACCCUCCUCGCCCGCCGCUCCUCCUCCUCCUUCUUUUAUUAAUACUAGCGCUGCCGGCGCCGGCAAUGCUACUGGUGCUGCCGCGGGCUUGAACGCGAUGCACCCUGCGGUGAUGCAGCUGCACCAUCACCACCACCCAUACGCUACCAGCUGCUUCGUGGCGCCUCAUCAGGGCACCUACAUGCAGCAGGACACAACAGCGGCCGCAGGAGCUCUUCCAGUUUCAGGGUUGGAGUUUGCAGGCAAGACUAGCCAGCAGCAAGAAUGGACAACGCAGCAGCACAUGAUGAUGCAGAACAACAACGUUAACAGUGUAGCAGCUGGAGGCAGCUCCGUCGCUGCCAGUGGUGGUAUGAAUAAUAUGAUUCCGCCACCGUGGCCAUGCUGCCGGCCGCUCAGAACCCUAGAGCUCUUUCCUACGAGGAGCACCGGCGGCAGCCUCAGGGACGAGUGCAGCAGCUCCAAGUCCUCCUCUUGCUCCACCUCCACGAACUAGCUUAGCCAAGCUAAUCUCUAAUGCAAUAUUAUCUCUAGCUAGUUCAUCAUCUAUGUGUUUCUGUCGUGAUGUGUGUUCUUAGUUUGAUUUUAGAGUUUUUAUGAACAUGCUCCUCUCUCUAAUCCAGUGAGCAGUUUAAAGCUUGUGUUUAGCUUGAGUAAUCUCUUAGUGUUUUCUUUCUUAAGUUGCACCCUUGAGUUCGUCAAGCCUAGUGUGUUGCUUUUUUUUUCGAUAAAGCCUAGUGUGUGUUGCUGGUUUCUGUAACAUGCAUAUGUAUGCUCCGGGCACAAGUCCACUACUUGUUAACUGUUUU